UGUCAACUUACUUUUAAAGUAUUUUCUGCAUCAGAAAAGGAAAACACCGUGCCCCCCAUUUCCCCUAACGCGUGACUACUUAAACACAUCCCUCUCGACACCACACCACGCGGCGGGGGUGAGGCCCCCGCAGCAAGCGGCACACGUCACUACUCGAUCCUUUCUCCCCACCACCACCACCCCGAGUGCAAACGGGGGGGGGGGGGGGGGAGAGAAGGCAGAGUUGCAUCGCCAGGCUGGAGCCACGAGGAGGAGGAAGAGUUGAAAACCAGAAUGGCAAACUCUUAAAGCACUGAAUUCUUCUCCCUAGUAGGGCGCUGCGUGUGUGGACCACGGCCAGGGGCGCGUGGGAAGAAAGAUGACCUAUUUUCUGCGACUGUUUUUCUAACUGACCGGUGAAGGGAGAGAGAAGCUGAGACCUGUCCCCGGGCGUCGCGGUGGACCCCGGAGGGAGCCUGACGCUCACCGCCCCCUCCGGUCGCUUUUUUUUGUCGUCACCGGACGCAGCGUGGUGACGGAAGUUCCCCGACAUUCCGCAUUCAAGAUGGCCGCCGUCAGCAAGGAGAGACGUCGCUGAGGGGCUUCCUGAGGCGAGGCGGGGAUUCCUACCAUUUUCAGAGAACCUUUUAGAAAGAACAAGCCUACUUCAAUAAAUGAAGGAGAACAAAGAAAAUUCCAGCCCUUCAGUAACGUCAGCAAACCUGGACCACACCAAACCAUGUUGGUACUGGGAUAAGAAGGACUUGGCUCAUACGCCCUCACAGCUUGAAGGACUCGAUCCGGCCACAGAGGCCCGGUACCGCCGAGAGGGGGCUCGGUUCAUCUUCGAUGUGGGCACACGGUUGGGGCUCCACUAUGACACUCUGGCAACUGGAAUAAUUUAUUUUCAUCGCUUCUAUAUGUUUCAUUCCUUCAAGCAAUUCCCAAGAUAUGUGACAGGAGCCUGUUGUCUCUUUCUGGCUGGAAAAGUAGAAGAAACACCAAAAAAAUGCAAAGAUAUCAUCAAAACAGCUCGCAGCUUAUUAAACGAUGUACAAUUUGGCCAGUUUGGAGAUGACCCAAAGGAAGAAGUAAUGGUUCUGGAAAGAAUCUUACUGCAGACCAUUAAGUUUGAUUUACAGGUAGAGCAUCCAUACCAGUUCCUCCUCAAAUAUGCAAAACAGCUCAAAGGUGAUAAAAACAAAAUUCAAAAGCUGGUUCAAAUGGCAUGGACAUUUGUAAAUGACAGUCUGUGCACCACCUUGUCGCUGCAGUGGGAACCGGAGAUCAUAGCAGUAGCAGUGAUGUAUCUCGCAGGACGUUUGUGUAAAUUUGAAAUACAAGAAUGGACCUCCAAACCCAUGUACCGGCGAUGGUGGGAGCAGUUUGUUCAAGAUGUCCCUGUUGACGUUUUGGAAGACAUCUGCCACCAAAUCCUGGACCUUUACUCGCAAGGGAAGCAGCAGAUGCCUCAUCACACCCCCCAUCCGCUCCAGCAGCCCCCCUCCCUCCAGCCUACACCGCAAGUGCCACCAGGACAACCGUCACAGCCUGCGCAGGGCUCCGAGCCAGCCCCGCCCCCGCAGAAAGACUCCCAGCAGUCAGCUCCGCCGCAGCAAGCCACCCAGCAGCCCAAGAAGCCGUCCCCGCAGCCCAGCCCGCCCCGGCAGGCCAAGCGCGCUGUGGUUGUUUCUCCCAAAGAAGAGAACAAAGCAGCAGAACCACCGCCACCUAAAAUCCCCAAGCUUGAGACCCCUCACCCGCCCUUGCCUCCGGCCCACCCCCCUCCAGACCGGAAGCCUCCGCUUGCUGCUGCCUUAGGCGAGGCCGAACCCCCCGGCCCAGUGGACGCCAGUGACCUCCCCAAAGUGCAGAUUCCUCCUCCGGCCCACCCGGCCCCGGUGCACCAGCCACCGCCGCUACCGCACCGGCCCCCGCCCCCGCCCCCGUCCAGCUACAUGACCGGCAUGUCCACCACCAGCUCCUACAUGUCUGGGGAGGGCUACCAGAGCCUGCAGUCCAUGAUGAAAACGGAGGGCCCCUCCUACGGCGCCCUGCCCCCGGCCUACGGCCCACCCACCCACCUGCCCUACCAUCCCCAUGUCUACCCUCCCAACCCUCCCCCGCCACCUGUGCCCCCUCCCCCUGCUUCCUUCCCCCCACCCACCAUUCCCCCUCCUACUCCAGGCUACCCACCUCCACCUACCUACAACCCCAACUUCCCACCUCCGCCCCCACGCCUGCCCCCCACCCAUGCAGUCCCACCCCACCCUCCUCCAGGCCUGGGUCUGCCACCGGCUAGCUACCCACCCCCUGCUGUCCCCCCUGGAGGACAGCCACCUGUGCCCCCGCCCAUCCCCCCUCCCGGCAUGCCGCCCGUCGGGGGGCUGGGGCGCGCAGCCUGGAUGAGAUAACCUGACGCCUUUUUCCCCUUGUUUUUUACCAGUUUUUUUUCUAAUCAACUUGGAGUAGUUUCAGUGGGUAAGCAGCAGGGUCCCUUGGAUAACGCUAGGCAGUUGCCGCGUGGGAGGCAGGGUGAGGUCGGGGUCCUCCCUCACACCCGGAGGGCGCCCGAGCCCUGCACGGGUUACUUUCUACUAUGAGAUGUUAGCCAGCCACAUUGGCUUCAUAAAGAGCUUCAGUAAGGAGUGGAUUCCUUCUAGAAAUCAGUGCCUAUCUUUCCUGGAAACCCAUGUUCAGUCGUCCACCUCCAUCCAAAGCCGAGCUGUUGUCCUCUUGCUCAGUGACGUUCGCCCGUGACGCCCGUAGGUGAACCACUCUCGGCGCUGUCGGUGUCCGCAUCCUUUGUCGCCUCACGGGGUGGCUCGUUUCUUUUUCCUCCAGGGAGUUGGGGAGCGGUGUACUUGGAAAGUAAUGUAUGUUUACAUCUAUUUGCAAAUUCCUGUACAUAAAGAUAUAUUUUUUAAGUGUGAAUGUUAUCAGCAUACUGUGAAUUCCAUCUUGGUUACAAAUGAGACUCCUUCAGUCAGUUAUCCAAAUAAAAUCAGUCCUGAAACUA